ACAGGACCACGCAGUGACACCUCGUCACACGAUUCAUAAGUGAGCCGGAGAGAAAGUUGAGAAGCCAAUUCAGCUGGAAACUGUCGCCCUGUCGGAGCUCCAGUCAUUAAACUGCAAUGUCUCACUGGAUCCGUGUUGUCAGUGCGUUGGCGCUUUUCGCAUUUUAUUCAAACGCGGAGGUCACAGUAAAUCAACCGCCUUCGAAGACCACCUCUCCGGGACAGAACGUCCAAAUCACCUGCACUAUGUCUGGCGCUAGUUUAGGGGGUAACGGUGUCUCCUGGCUCCAGCAGAUUCCCGGGAACACUCCCCGGGGUGUGGUAUCCUAUUAUUCCGGGAGUAGCGUUUACAGAGGCCCGGGAAUUCCAGACCGUUUCUCCGGCUCAGUUUCAGGCAACACUGCGACAUUGACAAUAUCAAACUUUCAAUCGGAGGACGUUGCGGACUAUUACUGUGCCAUGUGGAAUAGCGGCUGGAUAAUUGGCAAAGGAACGUGUCUGGGCAUUGGCAAUCCCCGUGUACCAACUGUGUCUCUACUCCCACCUUCAGCGGCGGAGGUCACAGGGAAGGGAACAGCGACCCUGGUGUGUUUGGUGAAUGGGUUUAAUCCGGGCGUCGUAGACAUCGACUGGACUGUGGACGGCAAUGCGAGAAGAGAUGGUGUUGAGACCAGCCGCAUCCGGAAGGAGACGGACAACACAUUCAGUAAGAGCAGUUACCUGACUCUGCCAGCCUCAUUCUGGAACUCCCACGAGCUUUACUCCUGUGUGGUUAAACACGAGUCUCAGGCAAACCCGAUUAAGGCAAACAUCGCGAGAUCCGGAUGUAUCUGAUGUUGAAAACCUGUGAGCUGAGCUGACAAAGUGUUUUAAUCAAUUUUCGUUCCAUUUACGUGGCAAGAGGGUAGAAAUGUAUUAGAUUUCGAUUUUUAAAUAAAGAAAAAUGCUCUGAAGUCGAAACGUCGAUUUUUAUGACUUGUUCAUUUUAAAUGCAGUUGAGAGAUUGUUGAGGUUGAUUGAAACAUCAAGAUGAAAUCGUCUUCCUUUUGUGCAUUCAAUAACGUUGACUAAAAGCACAGAUUUGCAAGUGUAUCCAAGGUAUUCUUUGUAGCCGUUGAAUAAAAUUAUUGAACUGAUUUCAAAAGCA